AUGAAUAUAUCAGAUACUCAACUAUUCCAUUCACGUCAACCAACAAAUUGGUCAAUGAUGUUUCCAUUCAAUAAUAAUAAUAAUACCGUAGAUGUAUAUGAGAAAUCACGUAUCAAUAAUAAUAAUUGUAACACUAAUAAUGGUUUGACCAAUCAUCAACUACAAACGUCCCCAUCUUUUUCUCCUCCACCACCAGCGCUAUUACCAUCAUCUGCAACGUUACCACAUCCGCCUUUCCCUCCUCCUCUACAUCACAAUCCACUUUCACGUCAAAACGACCCACAAUCACAACAACAACGGGAGGAUCAACAACACCAACAAUUGUUGCCACCAGACGUGAGCACAUUGCAGGAAUUUAUGAAUUACGGAUUAUUACCAAUUUCAUCGAAUCAAACUAGUCAAUAUAAUGCAACUAUCGACAAUAAUAGUAAUAAUAAUAGUGCCUGUCAACUGGAUUCAUUUUACAUAUCUUCAAGUGUUACUGUGGUACAGAAUGAUGUGAAUACAAUUUCUACAUCUGACUCCCAAUUAAAAUUAACCACAGAGCCUACAAACAACAUGUUUAGCAACAUUCUACCAUAUACACAUAAUGAAGGAUUAUCAGACAUUAGUUCUUCCUAUAGAGAUAUGGUUUUUCCACAAAGCUCUAGCAAUACUACACUUAAUGGAAACAGUAGUAUGAUGAGUGGAUCUGAUGUCUCAAGGUCGUUUCAACAAUUGGAUCCAUGGACAUGGAUGAAUAUAAAUCAUCCAACCAAUUAUCCAGUGACAUCACUUAAAACUAAUACUUUUCCAGCCAUUACUACAUCACUAUCACCUUUGUCCACUUCGUUAACAUCUACACGAUCAUUGUCAUCUACGUCAGCCACGUUAUCAUCCAUUCCUGAAAGUCAAGAUGUAACUAUGGCUUUAGAAUUAGCUAAUAAAGCUCAUCGUCUUAAUAACAGUACUUCUAUCUCAAGAGAGAAUGACUUUAUUUCAUUGCCGAAAUUUGUGGGAAUGACGUCGUCAUCGCCUAAAAAAUACACUAAGGGUCUUCUUUCUCUUCAAAGACCUCAUCAUCAUGAACAUCAUCUCCAACAACAACGUCAACAAUCGUUACAAACACAACAACAGUACAAAUUUGAAGAUUUUCUACCGAGUGCAUUAAAUGUUGAACAGAAUGGUUAUAAAACAGGUAUAUCUGAUUUUAAUAGUAAACAUAAUAAUAUUAACAAUACAGAUGGAAUUCAUAAAGAAUUUCCAGAUAAAAGUAUUUCACCUACUUCUACAUCAGGAUUAUUUCGUCUACCAUCUAUUAGUCUGUGUGAUACGAAUAUCUAUUCACGAACAAUGAAUGCUGUGAUUACUAUGAAACCGGAGGUCUUAUCAACAGAUGUAUAUAAUCGGAUAGAUGGAAAUUAUCGUGGAGAAAGUAAGCAUACCACUACUGCUGGGACGGCCACCACUGCUGUUAUUAGUAACAACAAUAAUAAUAUCAACAACAAAUUACAUCGUUCCAACAGAUCUUAUACAUCAUCCACAACAGCUGAUGAAUAUGAUUUAAAGUAUAAGCCUCGUUUAUCAGUUCAUCAUAAUAAACAGUCCAAUAAUAACAGUAAUAAUAGUAAUUUAAAAGAUUUAAUUUCAUCACAAAGGCGAAAACGCUCCACAUUCAAUACUACUACUGCUAUAACUACUACUGCUAAUAGUAAUAAUAACAAUACUACAAACAAUGAUGAUAAUAAUAUCAACACUACUGUUCAUCAUUCUAUAAAUAACAAUAUAACUGGAUCUAACUUGAUACCAAAUGUUACAAUGGCUGUCAACACUUCCGUUUCAAUAACAAGUUUAAACAAAACUAAUUUUUUCCCAAAUAACAAUAACUCAGAACUAAGUAAUAUCUUUACUUCAAGUGGUAGUUUAUCAAAUAAUAUUGAUAUAAGUCAUCGUUUAGGUAAAUCACAUUUUAAUGAUAUAUUAAAUCAGUAUAGUAAUGAACAUGAAGAGAAUAAAAAUCAUCUGAAAUCCAUGAAUAAUACUAAUCAGAAUACAAUGAACAAUCAUAGUUUAGAUGAGCCAUUUGUAAAAUAUGGUACAAAAUUAAUGAAAAUUGCUUCAGAUAAUGAAACUGGCUUAUCUACACAUAUAAAUGAUUAUGAUUAUACAAAUUUGUCAUUGUAUACAAAACAAACUAAUUCCUCACUUGGUACAAAUCAAUGGAGACCACAAUGCUCUGGACAAAUACAAUUAUGGCAAUUCUUAUUGGAACUAUUAUCGGAUUCUAAAAAUUUAGCUUGUAUCACAUGGGAAGGAACUAAUGGUGAAUUUAAAUUAGUCGAUCCUGAUGAAGUAGCACGAAGAUGGGGUGAACGUAAAUCAAAACCGAAUAUGAAUUAUGAUAAAUUAAGUCGUGCGCUACGUUAUUACUAUGAUAAGAAUAUUAUGAGUAAAAUAAAUGGUAAACGUUAUGCAUAUAAGUUUGAUUUUAGUGGAUUAGCUCAAGCAAUGCAACCGCCAACAUGUGGUAAUUCACCAAGUCCUGAUACAAUGAACACCAGUUCACAAAUGUUAUCUUCAUUAUUAUUACCAAGUGUAUGUCAUGGAUUAGGCAUAAUGAAUCCAUCAACACAAGUAAAUUUAAGUCAUAAUUUAACACCAACUGCCGGUACACAUUAUUCUAAUUUAUUAGUGUCCACCCAACUAUCACAAAAUCCUAAUUUAAAUAAUAAUAAUCAUACUACUAAUGAGGCAUCAUAA